UCCAAGCCAAUAGCCAGACAGAGAGCGACUGCCCUGGCCCUUCCUCCUUUCAGAUGCCACCAUUCACCCAUGCAAGAGGAGGGGCUGGAAUUUUGCAGGGGAAGCAUCGACUUGCCAUAGUGCUGAAAUUGAGGAGUUCUUAAAAGCCUUGUUCUUUCUGAGAUAGUGUUAGCUGCUCAACAGGUCUCCAGCACAGGGGAAGAUGUCUGCACUGAGUCCUAAUUCACUCUUUGGGAUGGGGAAUCCCUUGCUGGACAUCUGUGCUGUGGUGGACAAAGAUUUCCUGGACAAAUACACACUGAAGCCCAAUGAUCAAAUCCUGGCAGAGGACAAGCAUAAAAUGAUGUUUGAUGAGCUGGUGAAUAAGUUCAAAGCAGAGUACCACGCUGGGGGAGCGACACAAAACUCCAUAAAGGUCGCUCAGUGGAUGAUCCAGGAGCCUCAUAAUGUUGGCACCUUCUUCGGCUGCAUCGGCAAAGACAAGUUUGGAGAGAUUCUGAAGAAGAAAGCGGAGGAGGCUCACAUUGAUGCCCACUACUACGUGCAAGACGUGGAGCCCACAGGGACAUGCGCCGCGUGCAUCACUGGAGCGAACCGGUCACUGGUGGCUAACCUGGCUGCUGCUAACUGUUAUAAAAAGGAGAAACAUUUGGAUCUGGAGGAGAAUUGGAAGUUGGUGGAAAGCGCUAAAGUGUACUACAUUGCUGGUUUCUUCCUCACUGUGUCUUUGGAGUCCAUGCUGAAAGUGGCCAAGCAUGCGUCGGAAAACAACAAACUGUUCUGCCUCAACCUGUCUGCACCUUUCAUCUGCCAGUUCUUCAAGGACCACCUCAAGCAGGUCCUGCCCUACGUGGACGUGCUCUUCGCCAAUGAGACGGAGGCAUCUGCGUUUGCCAAAGAGCAAGACUUUGAGACCAAAGACAUCAAGGAGAUUGCCAAGAAAGUGCAGGCUCUGCCCAAAGUCAACACAAAGAGACACAGGAUUGUUGUCUUCACUCAGGGGAAGGAUGAAACUGUGAUGGCGCUCAGUGACAAAAUUGAGACCUUCCCAGUGUUGGCGAUUGAUCCCAAAGAUAUCGCAGACACAAAUGGUGCCGGUGAUGCCUUUGUUGGAGGUUUCCUGUCUGGAUUGGUCCGAGACAAACCACUGACCCAAUGCGUGAGGGCGGCACACUACUCUGCCAAUGUCAUCAUUAGAAGAUCAGGUUGCACUUUCCCAGAAAAGCCUGAUUUUGUCUAAGGAUGCUCUUUUUACCAGUAUAAUUUUACACAAAGUGUUUUCAGCCCUGUUGUACCCCAUCGGUUAAUUUGUCUGAUUUCUUAUGAGUGGUCUGCUCCCUGCCUCCUAUGUGGGCAUGACUUGGUUUUUCCACAUGGUGGCACUGCAGGUAUGUGGCCUCCAGUGAGUGAUUACACACACACACACACACACACAAAAUGUACCCCGGUACUUGAGCAUCUGUGGAUGUGCUCAACAAAACACUUAAAGUGUCCACAUGACAUAUUGAAGUACCCUUGUGGUCCAACAUGUGUCCAUUUCAGUCUACAAAUCCAGCGUGUGAACACGACAAGAUUGUCCAGGGCCACUUGUCUUGAUGACUCUAAAGUAAAUUGUUUAUAUAAAACAGUCAACCAUCCACACUCUUUCAAUUUCUUUUAAUACUUUCUAAUUCUCUUUUUACAAAUGUGUGAUUAAUAAGGCCAGUCAAUUUAAAUAAUACAUUUUAAAAAAACAUUAUUAUCAAAUGUCAUGUCAGCCUCCAUCAUGAGUGCCUUUCUGUGUCAUUAAUACAAAGUUUCCAGAGACUUCAAACUGUUUUGUCACCAGGAUGUAAAAGGAUUGGUGCAUGUACACUGGUACUGUUGAAAAGUUAAGACAUUUAAACACUUUUUGUGGGCAUACUGGUGGUGGAGUACCUCGUACCUCAACACUCGGCUUUAACUUUAACUGACAGUGAAUACUUGUGAUGUAAUGCAAGCUUCUCUUUUCACGUUUCUGUGUUUAAUUUGGUUGAAGUCAAUCUAUACUUGAAUACAGUUCACCUUGACAAUUUAUUUUUGCACUAUCUUGAAUUUACAAUCCAUCAAACGAUAUUCCUCUUUUUCACAAAUGACAAAAGUCUUCAAGUGACUGUGUGAUGCCUAACGCGGAUAAAUAAAACUAAAGGCUCAUUUACUGAA